GGUAUUUUUGAAGGGAAGUAACUCUUGUAAUUGUUUGGCGAUCACCACUAAACAUUGAGCGAUACAGUCUAAAUAUUGAGCAACAAAACCGCACCCAAACUCAACCAUAGAAGUCUAAUCAAACUGGUUUUUUAACUUAAAAUGGAAGUCAAAGAAACACGAGCUGGGCCAGGUCUUGGGCCUGUUCCUCAACCAAAUCAGCCAGGAUAUCCUCAGCUAGAUCAGGGCGGUCAGCCAGGGUAUCCCCAGCCUCAACAAGGAUAUCCACAACAAGGUCAGCAAGGUUAUCCACAACAAGGUCAGCAAGGUUAUCCACAACAAGGCCCAGUAGGUUAUCCACAACAAGGAGGUUAUCCACAACAAGGUCAACAAGGUCCUGGAGGUUACCCACAGCAAGGCCAACAAGGUCCUGGGGGUUAUUCUGGUGGCCCACCAAUGAUGAUGCAACCUAUGGGAGGAGGAGCCCCUAUAGGUGGAGCUGGUGGUUGGAUUGGAGCACCUCAACAGAUACCUAAAGAUUGUCCACCAGGUCUUCAGUAUUUAGCUACGGUGGAUCAACUCAUGGUUAAACAGAAAAUAGAGGGUAUUGAAGCUGUAACCGGUUUUGAGACCAACAAUAAAUAUGAAAUUGUUAACAGUAUGGGUCAAAAAAUUUACUAUGCUGUUGAGGAUACAUGUUGUUGUACUAGAAAUUGUUGUGGUGCAUCACGGCCAUUUGAUAUUAAGAUAUUGGACAAUACCAGGAAGGAGGUUGUUCAUUUGUCUCGACCUCUUCGUUGUUCUACUUGUUGGUGUCCAUGUUGUCUGCAGAAAGUAACUGUUGAAGCACCACCAGGACAGACUGUUGGAUAUGUCAGACAAGCAUGGAGUUGUUGUAAACCUAAAUUUAAAAUCAACAAUGAGAAAGAUGAACCUGUCCUUCGUAUUAAAGGACCAUGUUGUCAGUGGAAUAUUUGUGGAGACAUCGAUUUUGAUGUUACGUCUGCUGAUGAAAGUACUGAUGUUGGUCGUAUAUCCAAACAAUGGACUGGAUUGGCUAAAGAAAUGUUUACCGAUGCUGAUAAUUUUGGAAUGAGUUUCCCACUUGAUUUGGAUGUUAAGAUGAAAUCAGUUAUGUUAGGAGCUGUUUUUCUUAUCGACUUCAUGUUUUUUGAGAAAGAUAAGGAUGAUGUUAAAGAUGAAACAAAACGUUUACAUUAAAUGUAAACAAUGGCAAGAUAAUGCUGCUGUGAUGGUUAAACCACAACCCACCAAGAGUGAAAUAUACUGUAGAUAUUAUUAACAUAUACUUUUAACAUCUCGAUUUUUUUUUUAUUAAUUAAAUAAUUUUUAUAUUGUUGUCAUCUUUGCUUUUUAUAAACACACCUACACAUAAUCUUUAUAUUUAUAAAAACAGAAAUUGAUUAAUUUUAUUUUUAAAAGUUAUUCACAAAAGAAUUCAAAUACUGGUACAAGGUCAUGAUUACAGUUGUAUACAAUGUACUGAUCUCCUCAUUAAUUGUGAACUAUUUGUUGUUUGUUCUAAUAUUAAAAUAAAAGUCUAUUGAUUUCAAGCCGCCAUCAUAAAUAUAACAAUGUAAGUCUGAAAACAUUUCCACAGUAGUCCAUUAUACAGCUUAUUUGUGCUUGGGUUAAAUUGUCUCUUUAUUACAUAUAAAAUUAUUAUUACAUAUAUAACUUAAUAUGACAAGGUGUAUGUCUUAAGGGGUUGCUUAAUAGAACAAUUUGUAUGUCUUUGAAAUUGUUUAUAAUUGAAUUUUAUCCAUAAUGUACCACAUAUACUAAAACAUGUAUUAUAGUACUUAUUAUAUACCAGGAUUUCGUAUAGUUAUACAUACAUGUAUAUAAAUCCUUACUGAUAUUGUAAAUGUUAUUGUAGCUAUUACUAAUACUGUAGUUAUUAUUGAUACUGUCGUUGUUACUGAUUUUGUAAUUGUUACAUAUAUUGUAAUUGUUACAUAUAUUGUAAUUGUUACAUAAUUAAUAUAUUGUAAUUGUUACAGAUAUUGUAACUCUUACGUAACUGUAAUCAUAAUACAUGCAGUUUUGUACCUGUAACGCCUAUGUAUUUUUCUAUUGAAUUAGCUUUUCAAAGCAUUUUACAUUUUUAAUUCAAAAUUCAUUGAUAUUCUAUAAACUAUAUGUAUCUAUCAUUUGGCUGCUGAAUUUUUCGAAGGUUUAUUUAGAAUUUAAAUACUGUAUGUAGAACAGAAGUUGAUUUUGAAGUAUUUUUUUUAAUCUUAAAUUAACAUAUUUAGUUAACAGUUUUUCUUUCACAGAAUUAGCAUAACUUAAAACAAAUUUUAAAAAAAGUUCUUAGCAGAUAAUAUUUUAUACUUUAGAAAUGAUGAAAGAUUUUAUAUUUCUUGGUCAAUUGUAAUAUAUAAAUAAUUCAACUAAUUCACAUAGGGUUUUAAAUGACAAUUUGUAUUCUUUUUAUACUAUUACAGGGAGUAACCAAGUAGGCCUUAUUAGUAUCAUGUUCUAUUAAAAACUGGUUUGUGAUAAUGAUUUUUUUGUUACAUUUGUGCAUACAUACAGGGUCUAAACAAAUGGCCAUGUUCAUCUUUAACUGUUAAUUAAAAUAUUUACAUUAUUAAAUUAAUACAGUUUUGCUCAUUUUGUAUUGCCUACUUUUAUAACUAUAUGUAUAUGUAUAUUUUAAAACUGAAUUAAUAACUGUUGUUGAUAACCUUAAAUCACUUGAAACUGAGAUACAUUGUUUAAUGAGAUUGAGUUUAUUAAAAUCACCAACCCACUUUUCUUGAUCAAUUAUUUUUUAUAUUUCAUUUAUAUUUAUCCUUUUGAAAACAAAAUGUAGUUCUAGAUGGAAAAAGGGGUACAAAUUUAUUCAGAAAUAAUGUCCGAAACAUAAAGCAAGACCACUUCCUUUUUAGUUGAUAUCACUUGUUAACAACCUUUAUAUUACUUUGCUUUUUAUGUAUUAAGAAGUUAAAAGUUAGUCCCAUGUUAAAUUUGAUGGCUUUUGGUUGUGACCAUUUAUUUUUAGAAUGUUAAGUCUACUUCUUAUUUUGAGAUCAAAAUAUCUGGGUUGGGGUUUUUUUCUGUUUUUUUUAUAUUUUUUUUAACAGAAAGGUAAAAAUACAAUGAUUAAAAACUCUGUUUUUAGUGAAAGAAUAUAUUGCUGUAUUCCAUAUUCUUGGCUAACUUGGAUUACUUGAAUCAUAAAUAUAUGCACACUGUUAUUAUAUUAAAAUUUUGAAACCUAUUUGUUUAAAUUAAUGUAGAACCCAACAAUGACCUGGAAAAUUCUUGGUCUAUAUUUGAAAUAUUAUUUAAUUUUAUGCAUAAUACUGUUUAUAUAUUCAAAAAUAUCAUGCUGCACAUAGGUAAAUGCAUGUGUAGAUAAUAAUGGAUUAUAUGUAUAUUCUACUUUUUUUAUUCAAAUUUUCUUAUUUAUACACAUAUUCAUUUUUAAUAGAUAUUGUUUUUAUCCUUUUUUUUAUAUUCUUCCUUUGUCAAAAAUAAUUAGCCUCAAAUUACUUUCGUUAUCUGGGUGUCUUUAUAUCAAACAGGAUCACAAAAGUUCAGGUUAACAUGUCUUGUUUGCUUGCAACGAAAAGCACUUUGACCUCGAAACUGGUCUCACUUAACUAACCUUAAUAACUACUGGUAGACAUUGUCAAAACAAUGUUGCGAAUAGAAUCUGCAUCAAGCAGCCACUCAAGGGCAUUUUCAUGACUUGCCCCUUAACGGGGGUGACCUCUUAAAAUCUCAGUGUUUGUUGGUGGCGUUGGUGCUGACCUCAAGUAAAUUUUACGCUAUACUUGCUUGGGACGAAAAUUAUUUGACUCAAAUCUCUGAUAAUAUAUCUCCUGUAAACAUGUCAUUUUGUACCAACACUGAUACUACUGUCUACUUUUGUGAUGUAUUCAUAAUAUUUAUCCAUUUUUGUGAAGAAAAUCCAUGAAUUAAUUUUAUUUAAUCAAAAAUGCACAUGUCCAAAAAAACAUCGCUGAAUUUGUCACUGAUUUUCAGGGGGUGUACCUCUGUAUGUAAUACAGGAGGCGCUAAAACUUUUGUUUAGUAAUAAAGUUGCAAUGGAAAAUAGAUAAUAAAUGAUCGUGACAAAACUCGGCUUUGGUAAGCUACCCGUAGGCUCAUACCAUGGCCCACCGAGGCCUGCCUGUGAUCAUCACCUCCUGAUCCUCUUGUCUUGAUACCAUACGUGCGUUGUACAUUGUGAAGCGUGUUGAUCUACUGUCACUGAACACGUGUACUCGCUCAUCACACUCACGUACUCGCGGCUCCUCUCGCGUAAUCCUACCGGCCUAGCACCCGACUCUGUCCAGUGUUGCCAUUUGCACUGGCAGAACAUUUUUGAACGUUUUGAGAUUGAGAAUUCGAGCGCCAGAGGCUACAUAGUUUAUCGCCAUUUUCCUGAGACCGGCCCUUUUAUACCCAGGUUGCGGGUUAAAAGAGGCCCUGGUUUAUUCGUUCGCCUACAAGGCGCCGGUUCAAAUGUUGCCUAUUGUGCAGCCUAUACUGUAAUUCUAUAAUAGAAUACCCAUAGUUCACUUGAAAUUUGAUACUACAGCUGUAUUGCCCGGUCUAGAGUUCUCCGCGUAAAUCAAAAGACACUCUCUACUACCCUAAAGAUGAUAUCGGCGGGAUGGGUCGAUGAAAGAAAUUUCAGAAAAUUCAGCCAUAAAACCCUGCCUGAGGCACUUCAAUUUGACGCCCAGGAAUGCACUCAGAUGCGAGGAGAGAGUACCAAAUUUUCAAAAUUUUCUGGAGGAGGACCCACGGACCCCCCUCGCCCUGGCUCGCGCCUUUGGUGCUUCGCCGGGCGGUUUAGCUGACACAUCCACAGCCCCUCCAAAGAAUUCCAUAGCCCCACCAAAUUUUACGAGCUGGCUACGGGCCCGGACGGUACUUUUAGUUUAUUCAAUCAGUAUCAAAUAAUGUUUCGUUGCGUGUGAAAACAAUGAUCAGGGUUUGUCAUUUAAUAAAACAAAAGAUUAAUUAACAGAUAAUUCCGGGUUUAUUGAGAGACCGUUGAUUAAAGAGAUGAAACAAUAGAAUUUCUACGCGUGAAGUCAUGGUGACUGCUUACAAGGAGAUGUCGCUGAAUAGGAGUGGCUGCUCGUACAGAUUCUACAUCGGAGGGGGUUAAUUCAGAAAUUAAUUAAUGAAAACUUGUGGCAUAUGUAUUUGGUUUACUUUCAAAACUGAUAUUUAAGGAUUUUGUUUUUGUUUUGUUAGUAUAUUUAGUUCAUUAUGUGUACUGUUUUGUUUGGUGUGUUUAGUAUACCUAUUAGGUUUGUAUUGAUGUAUUCUUUAUUAUGCUCAAUCUGUUCAUAUUAUACAUUAAAUAAAGUUAUAAUACAAGUAUA